GUCACCUGCACCACGGACGUCACCCACAUCACCGACAUCACCCGCAACACGGACGUCAACCGCACCACGGACGUCACCCGCACCACAGACGUCACCCGCACCACGGACGUCACCCGCAUCACGGACGUCACCUGCAUCACCGACGUCACCCGCACCACGGACGUCACCUGCAUCAUGGACGUCACCCGCACCACGGACGUCACCCGCAUCACGGACGUCACCCGCAUCACGGACGUCACCUGCACUACGGACGUCACCCGCACUACGGACGUCACCCGCACCACGGACGUCACCCGCACCACAGACGUCACCCGCAUCACGGACGUCACCUGCAUCACGGACGUCACCCGCAUCACGGACGUCACCCGCACCACGGACGUCACCCACAUGACCGACGUCACC